AGUUUUGAGUGUCGGAGAGGGCGCAUCUAUUGAACGCUGCAAGCGGGCUGCAUCCUUUUGGAAUUACGAUCUGAAACCGGGAUUUUUAGUCCAUUGCGAGAGUCACGUCAUCUUUAAGAGAACAGAAACUCAAAGAGGGCAUUACAGCAAUCGCUUUUAAGCGAAGAUCCUAUUCUGGGAGACUCUUUGAAGACCCAGGUGACAUGGACGGAUUUUAUGACCAGCAAGUACCAUUUAUGGUCCCACCUAAUCAGAAGUCAUUGCAAGUGGAGGAACCAUAUAGCAGACCAGUUAAUGACAGAAAGAGAAAGUUAGUGGAGACUGAACUUGCUCAGGACACAGAGGAACUUUUCCAGGACCUCAGCCAGCUGCAGGAGAUCUGGAUUGCAGAAGCUCAGGUGCCCGAUGACGAACAGUUUGUCCCAGAUUUCCAGUCGGAGAGCUUGAUGUUUCAUGGCCCACCACUGGCCAAGAUCAAGCGGGAACUGAGUCCCUCCAAAGAGCUCUCCCCCUGUAGCCAGGAUAGAAGUCCCAUGCCGUAUGGAGAGAAGUGCCUUUACAGCUACAGUGCCUAUGAAAGGAAGCCCAGCACUGGGUUCAAGCCAUUGACUCCUCCCUCGACGCCCGUCUCCCCAUGUGUCCCCAGCAGUGCCCUGGCGACACAUCCCCUGCACGAACAGACUCCACCACCUGUGUCCAACACAACACUAGGGCAGCGUCUCCUUCAUGGACAGCCUUCAAUGACCAAGAGCACACCCAACCAGACGUGUGUCCCUCACCACAGCCAGAGCCCACCCUUUGUAGUGCCCUGUCCACCCCUGAACCGUGAAACUCACUUCAGUAACGAACCUAGGUUUCAGCGGCAACUUUCAGAGCCUUGCCUUCCAUUUCCACCCUCUGAUGCCCAGGGAAGACCCAGCUUCAUGCCACAGGUCUCCUGCACUUCACCAAGAGAUGGAAGACCACCUUACCAUCGCCAAAUGUCUGAGCCCCUGGUUCCUGUACCACCUCAAGGCUUCAAACAGGAGCUCCUUGACCCCCGCUAUGCUGAGCAGGGUGUUCCCAACAUGGGCCCAUCCCAGCCUGCCUUCCACCCGAUGGCCAUCAAGCAGGAGCCACGGGACUUCUGCUUCGACUCUGAAGUGCCUAAAUGUCAGUCUUCAUUUGGGAGAGCAGCAAGCUUCUACCAAAAUCAUGAGAACUUCUCAUUUGACAGAGAACAGCAGUUGUAUUUUGACGACACCUGUGUGGUUCCAGAGAGACUUGAAGGGAAGGUAAAGCAAGAGCCCUCUGUGUAUCGUGAAGGUCCGCCAUAUCAGCGGCGUGGAUCUCUCCAGCUGUGGCAGUUUCUGGUGACACUACUGGAUGAUCCUUCCAACGGCCAUUUCAUUGCCUGGACUGGACGUGGAAUGGAGUUCAAACUGAUUGAGCCAGAGGAGGUGGCUCGACGCUGGGGCAUCCAGAAGAACAGACCCGCCAUGAACUAUGACAAGCUGAGUCGCUCACUGCGCUACUACUAUGAGAAGGGAAUCAUGCAGAAGGUAAAGGUUGCCGGCGAGAGGUACGUCUACAAAUUCGUGUGCGAUCCUGAAGCGCUCUUCUCCAUGGCCUUCCCAGACAACCAGAGGCCCAAUCUCAAAGCAGACCCCGAUGGCCUGCCCGCGGUAGAUGACGACACACUUCCGUUGGCGCAUUAUGACGACGGGUCCUCGUAUUUAGUUGACGGCGGCGAGCAGUGCGUUUCUGGGAUGCCUUUCCCUGAUGGUUACGUGUACUGAACUCUAACACAUCUGUCCCAUUGCCUCGACUCCUUUUGAACUGUUGCCCACUUCCAGAUUAACCCUCCCAAUCAUGAAAGAAGAACGAGGAGAAAUCUGCGCCGCCUUUUCUACGAAGAGAAAGGUGUGAAGGAGGUGAGGAAAGCUGGUUUUCCAUGCUUUAAACUUCCUCGUGGCAAACAGUCGCUGCCGCAGAGAAGAAGAGGUUGAGCUGGAGUCCACCGCUGCCGAAAAACUGACAGAUCUCACUGCGAGAAUUGUAGCAAUUCUGUUUUUGACAAUCUGCUUUUUUUAAAAAAAAAAAUGAAAGAAAUUGGUAACAAAUUAUUAAGAGACAUACUUACAGGAAAUCGAAAAACCCUUACAUGCAGCACUAUUUAAUAGUUGCCUUUUUUUGGUCCGAAUUAAUUUUGUUUUUACCUCCAAACCAUGUAGACAAGAAGUCAAAAAGGGCUUUAUUUUGCAAGGAGAGAAACAAAAUGACCCAUUUAUUUCUAAAGAAAGCUGGCUUUUAUACGACACUUUUUGUUGAACUAAACGUGGACGGCUUUAAUUAUGCUGAGGAAUACAAAACAUGCUCUUUUUGUAUCGUUGGUUUUUUGUUCUGAAUCCUUUGUCAAGUGUUAGGUUUAUAUUAUUAUUGUAUUAUUAUUAUUAUUAUUAUUUGUUUGUUUUCAUGCUGGUUAACCCAGGGGUUGCUGACCACGUGAAAUGAAAGGCACUCUUAAGUAUAUUUAGUCAACUUCAUGGGACUGUUAACCCAUUUGAAAUGUCUUUCUGUAUGCUUGUUGCUAUUUAACUUCACUCCCCAAAGCCAAAUUUAUUUCGUAUUAAACUUUUUUUUUUUUUCUUCACUUGACAACAUUCAAAAGGGAUGCACUAGUCGGAAUUCCUCCACGCUUUAGUGGAAGUAAAGGUCAAACAACAUUAGCAUUUCACUUUCUUUUUUUUCUUCAUCAUUCUGUAUUCGAAUGCACCAGGAAAGCAGGAGUAUCAGGGCCUUGCAUGCAAUAAGGUACAAGAGAAUUUUCCUGGUCUGCUAAACAUUGCCAAUCUCCAGCUGACGAACGACCACUGCUUCCUUUUGCAUGACGUGUUCAAUGAUCAGCUGUCCACUUACAUAUCGCUUUAUGCUGGACAAAGAAGAAAUUGUGGAGUUCUCUGCAUUUGUAUUCUCUCUCUUUCUCUGUAUUUUUUUUUUUUUUGAAAGAUGAACAUAUAUUUUUGCAAAGUCUGCAUUUCUUUGGUUUUCUUGUAUAAGCUGUAUAGUUCUGCCUGUAACAGAUACUCUGUGUAUGUUUUCAAUGGAUCCCUGUGUUGCAGUGGCUGCACAUCAGCGGUGACCCGGACACCCUUUUUCUGGUGGGUUCGAGAGCAGUGCCUUUUAAAUGAGAGGUGCAGCUUCAAAAAUAACCGUUUUCUCAUGGAGAGAGGGCUCGUCUCAGCAUCCACCACUGAAGGGUUGUCUGCACUUGUACAGGCUUAACCUUGUCCCCCUCACAAUGUGUACCUUACACUGCUGAGUUUAUAAUCUGUACUGUACAAUAAACUGUCCAUUCUGCUUCACUUGCA